AUGGCGGCGUCAGCUAAGAAGAAGAAUAAGAAGGGGAAGACCCUCACUCUCACUGACUUCCUGGCAGAGGACAGUGGUGGUGGUGGCGGCGGUGGAGGUGGCGGCGGCGGCGGUGGCGGCGGCGGUGGCGGCGGCGGCAAUGCCCCCCCAAGCUACCCGUCCAAGUCCACCAGCUGGGCUGAUGAGACUGAUGACCUGGAUGGAGAUGUCUCAACUUCAUGGCACACAGAGGAGGAUAGCUACCGGGCACCACCCAUUGACCGGGCCUGCCUUCCCACAGCGCCUCGCGCAGCCCGUGAACCCAGUAUUGACCGAUCCCGACUGCCCCGGAGCCCGCCGUACACGGCCUUCUUGGGCAACCUGCCCUAUGAUGUCACUGAGGACUCAAUCAAAGACUUCUUUCGCGGCUUGGGAAUCAGUGCUGUGCGUUUGCCCCGAGAGCCCACCAACCCGGAGAGGCUGAAGGGCUUCGGUUAUGCUGAAUUUGAUGAUGUGGAUUCCCUCUUGAGGGCCCUCAGUCUUAAUGAGGAGAACCUUGGAAACCGAAGGAUCCGUGUGGACAUUGCAGACCAGUCUAAUGAUAAAGAGAGGGACGGUGGGUCUAUGGGCAGAGACCGUGGUGGACGGAUGAGUGAUAUGGGUCCUGACAAAACAGACUCAGACUGGAGGGCCAGACCCACUGGAGAGGCUGAAGAUCCCCCCCCCAGGAGAGACGAUGCCUUUGGAGAGAGGUCCCGGGACCGUUAUGAGUCAGAUCGAUACAGAGAUGGGCCAAGACGGGACAAUGACCGCUAUGAUGGAGGGAGAGACCGCUUCCGAGAUCGCUAUGACGACAGGGACCGCAGAGACUACGACAGAGGUUAUGGCUCUCGUGGUGGUGGCGGCGGCGGCAGCAGUGGUGGCGAUGGAGGUCGUCGUUCCUUUGGCAGUGGCUUCCGCCGUGAUUACGAUGACAGUCGAGGUAGCAGUGAUCGCUAUGGGGACCGGGAUCGUUACGGCGAACGUGAAGAACGGUACGAGAGACGGGACGACAGGCGUGAGGAUAGAGCUCCUCAACAGAGACCCAAGUUGGUCCUCAAACCCCGAAGCGUGCCCAAGGAGGAUGAAGUUCCUGGAGGCGGUACAUCCCCGGCUCCAACUCCACCCUCUGGUGGUGGCGGUGGAGGUGGCAGCGGAGGAGGCGGAGGCAGUGGCGGUGGCGGAGGAGGAGGAGGUGGUGGUGGUGGCGGCGGUGGCAGCAGGGCCUCAUCUAUCUUUGGUGCCGCCAAACCAGUUGACACAGCAGCCAGAGAGAGGGAGGUGGAGGAGAGGCUGAAGAAAGAAGAGGAGAGGCUGCAGAGGCAGUUAGACGAGGAAAAAGGAGGCCGAGGACCUGAAAGAAGGAUGAGAGACAGGGAUCCAAGCUGGCGCAAUGAGGAAACUCAUACUGAGCGAUCCCGCACAGGAAGUGAGUCUUCACAGCCAGGAAGCACUUCUGGAAGAGGAUCCAGGUGUCGAGAAAGUGAGAACUCUGGGGAGAAUGAGGUUUUUAGUGGUAGAGAAGGUGAACCCUCAUCCCCAGGGUCCUCUCCACAACCUCCCUCCUCUAAGGAGCCGCUGAAGGUGAUGCCUGCUCCUCCUCCUAAGGAAAACGUCUGGGCCAAGAGAAGUGCUGCCAGCACAGGCUCUAGUGACGGUGACGGACGACCUCCAGUCUCCCCAGUCUCCCCAAGUGGUUUAACUCCUCCCAAACUCAGUUCUGAUGAAAGAGAAUCUGGAAAAGAAAGGAUAUCAGAAGAGACCGCGACUCCAGACCACCCCCAGAGCCAAAGAAAUUUGAAGAAACCCCAACCCCUAAGUUCAGCUCAGCCAGUAAGUACGCCGCUUUGCUAAUGGACGGAGACCAAGGAGACGACGCAGAGGACGUGGAAUAGAGGGGAAAUAACGAGAUAAGGCCUGACGGUUGCAAGAAGAAGAGAAGCAACAACGCAGAAAAAAAAAUCUCACAUAGCUUAUGAAAAAAAAAAACUCCUCACAUGGGGGAGGCUCCUGGAGGGGGAGGGGGGGGGGGGAUAUCACUCCCUCCCCUUUCUUUUCCUUCAACAAACCUGUCCUUUACUUUCAAAUCCACCCCCCCCCUACCCCCACCUACCCCCAUCCCUUACCCAGCCCCACCUUCAGGACUAUUCAGGUUUGAGCGAAUAGUCACAUACUGGACUUGUUUUAAAUGGAAAAAAGGAGUAGCUGACACAUGGAAAAAUGAUGGAUAAGAUUGAAUAAUUGUAAUAAAUAAAUGGAAAAAGUGGGGAAAAAAUGAUUUUGUAUAUUUGUGGAUCUCAAGUUUGGUGAGACUGGUCUAUGAGACAGAAGGUGAAGAGUGACCUUCAUUUUUUUUUAACCUUUUUUUACACAUUGACUUGACUUACCCCUGGAUCGAAUACACAGUUAUCCAUUAUUAACCCAUUUUAUUUAGUGAAUCAUUUACACUCACUCAAUUCCUCCUAAAUUGAUCACAGAAAUCUUGUCUUCCAAUACCAACAGUUAUUAAUGUUGAAGCUGAUUAUUAAUUAUCAACACUUCUCAAUCAUGUGUAAGAUGACCAACAUAUGGUUCAAUUCUAAAACUAAGUCAUGCACACAAAGAACAGUGUCACUGCAGUGUAUUGAGUGUUUGAACAGAAAAUACAGCUGCUUCACUUUUCCCACUUGAAUCCAUCAGCUGCCAUUACAGGCAUCCUCCGCCAUUGUACAGAUGUCUUUCUGUUCUAUACUUAAUGAUGCAAUCGUCAAAUUAAAGGCUUGUGAAGAUGGUUUCCAGUCGUCUCAAAAA